AUGCCCAGGAGUGCAAUUGAACUUACGGCGAGGAGAUGGACUGCCGAGGGCCUUGAAUUUGUCGACGACGGUGGAUUCUCCGGCGAGAUCAGAAGUACCGAUCGCCGGGAUUGUAUUGUAGACCGAGGAAACUUCCUCGAUGUAGCAGUAGCAGGUGCCUUCAGUGAACGGAAUCUCGCUCUUUUCCGCCGUCUAUGUAAUUCCGCCGGCGACUGCUAG